AGCUCCCUCAACGAUUCCUCCACCUCCCUUUCUUCCUCCGCUCUCCACGGCUACUCCGACCUCUGCUCUCCCGGUUUACAAGCCAACCUUGUUCUGCUGCAAGGGAAAAGCAGAGGAAAAGGACAGUGGCAGGUGAAUAUCCAAACCAGUGCUGCUGCCUGCCUAAUGUCGAUCAACUUUUUUAAGUUUAACUUCCAAGUGCACUUGGGUUGGUUAAAUUUUAAAGUUUGAUCUCCAACCACUACUUCUAGGUUCCAAUGGAUCAACAAGGUAGUUUAGAACCUGAAGAUGACUAUAGUCAAGCAAGCCAUGCAAGUUCUUCUAAGCCAGGAAGAUAUUCUAAAGUUUGGGAUGUUUUCAAAAAAAAGGAGGUUGAUCCUGAUGGAAGACAAAGAGCCGAAUGUAUGUUAUGUGGUGCUGUAUUACUGGCAGACGGCAUAUCAGCAAGAGACAUUUUGAGCAUUCCCAUUACAACGGUUGCAUCUGAAUCUGCAUUCAGUCAUGGAGGUCGAAUCCUUGGAAAGUUUCGAAAUGCACUUUUGCCAAGCAAUGUUGAAGCAUUGCUAUGUUCUCGAGACUGGAUUUAUGGUGGCGAAGGUUAUGAUGCUUCUGAGGUAGAAGAGGACGCAGAAAUGAGUGUUGAUGUCCAAAGAUUGGUGGCUAAACUUGGUAGUGGAGUAUAAGGAAUCCAAAUCUUUGGUGGAUACCAAAGUGAAUGGCAACAAUCCGUGUUUUCCAUAUUGGUUGAGAAGAUGUCUAUUCUAUAGUACCAUUGCUCUGUUUCUCCCACUGUUAUGUGGAUUUUUAUCUUUUGCAAGCCUUGGUGAAUGGAAAGAUCACUUCUUGAUGGAUAGCGUCUUGAUGACAGAGGCUUGAUUUUGGACUGAUGACUUCUACACGCAGACUAGUUGCACGGUGUAGUAAUGCUUGUUGUAUGUAUUUAUGUGCUAUGAUAGAAGGUUUUGAAGUUCAUUUUGUUCUUAUCAAAAUGUAUGUCUUUGUGAAGUAAUUGUUGUUAUUU